AUUCGAACAAUGUGUGAGUCUAGGCGCAUACCCUUGAACGUCGCAGAUAUGCCAGACCUCUGUGACUUUACGUUCAACUCGACGCAUCGUUUCGUGGACCCGGCUACGAACGAGCCAACCUCGCUACAACUCGGUGUGACGACCAAUGGGCAGGGGUGCCGACUUGCAAGCAGGAUCAGGAGGGACAUAGUCAGCACGCUACCCCGGGAAAUCGGAGCCGCAGUCAGGAAGGUGGGACAGCUGCGGAAGCUCGGCAAAGGGCAGUCUACCGCCAUCGAAGAUGCUAUCAUCGACGAAGCCAUGCGGAGGCGAAUGCGUUGGGUAGCUCAAGUCAGCGAGUACUGGCCUUACACGCAGAUCGCUGCGCUUUCCCAUAGCAAUAUGGCAUCCAUCCUUGACGGAGACGUUCACACACUGAACCCGGUCAUACCGAGCGCUGCUCCGGCCAGCGUACAUUCGUUCAGCGCCGCGACGCUACCGGGAAAGAUCUUCCUGGUCGGCUCGGGACCGGGGCAUCCCGCUCUAUUGACGUUGGCUACCCAUGCCGCGCUCACGAAACACGCCCAGCUGGUUCUCUCCGACAAGCUCGUACCCGCUGCGGUGCUUGCGCUGAUCCCGAGUCAUGUGGAAAUCAGGAUUGCGCGUAAAUUUCCCGGAAAUGCAGAAGGCGCGCAGCAGGAAAUGAUGGAGGCCGCCGUGGAAGCAGCUUGUCGUGGUCUGAACGUCGUCCGGCUGAAGCAGGGUGACCCGAUGAUAUACGGCCGCGCAGGCGAAGAGAUCAUCUAUUUCAGGUCCAAAGGCAUAGAACCUAUCGUUGUACCAGGUGUAACUUCGGCCAUUGCUGGACCCACCUUCGCGGGCAUACCCGUUACGCAGCGUGGCGCAGCAGAAAACGUGAUCGUGACGACAGGCGUCGGACGCCAGGGCAAGGACGUGCGGAUACCUGGUUAUGAGCGCGGCAGGACUGUGGUCAUGUUGAUGGGCGUUGCGCGGCUUCCAAGCGUUGUCGAUGCGAUGCUGCGGACGGGGAAUGAGAACGGGAGGCGAAGCGGCACCGCGUUUCCACCGCAUACGCCUGUGGCGAUCAUAGAGAGGGCGUCAAUGCCAGACCAACGAGUGACAUACUCGACACUGGCGGAUAUCGUGCAAGCGAUGACGAGCAUUGGGGAGCAAAGACCGCCGGGCAUGAUUGUGGUAGGUUGGGCGGUGCUUACUCUCGGAAGCAGGGGUGGUGAAGGAGACACCACUAUUCUGGAUGAUCCAACAGGCAACGACGAUGAAGAGAGGAUUAAACUAUGGCUGGGAACAAGCCGCUGGAGGGUCUCGGAGGGCAUCGAUGACCGGUGGACGGAGCUUUGACAUAGGCUUAACCUGCAGAGAAGGGCUGCUGGUGCAACAUGAUCGUCCAAGGACGAACCCUUUCCCAAUGCCCAUGCAUGUAUCGGCGAUAUACCUAUGGCACUGGCGGCUCAAGUCGUGGAUCAGCCUACACUGCAGGAAACAGGCUGAAUCUGGUAAGAAAUAAUUGGCAAAAUGAUUCAGAAAAGCUAUGAGCUAAGUUGAUCCACAUGAUGUCAAACUUACUGCAAAGAG